AUGUUCUCAUCCACAAGACUAUGGGUCCGGCAACUACAAGCCCUGACAAGGAAAAUCUUCCUGAUUACACUCGUCAAGCACUGGCUCUCAACACUCCUCCGAGCUCUCCUCAUCCCCGUCCUGAUUCUCGUUCUGGUCCUCCAAAUCCAGAACUUCACAGGCGAUGGAAGCAGGUAUGGCGUUGGAGAGCCAUCCCCCAUUCCAAACCUUGCUGAGACUCUGCCCCCUGGUACAAAACUUGUCUUUGUGCAGGGCUCGAACGCGGGGUCUGAUGUUGGUGGUGUUAUCACCAAGAUUAAAGAUGGUUUGAAGGGGAGCGUUGAAGUUGCUGAUAGUGAAACUGAUUUACGAAAACGCUGUCCUACGAGUUUAAGCGGUGUGACGAAUUGUUACGCUGCUGUUAUUUUCAACGAUUCACCUCUUAGUAAAGCAGGUAACAAGACGUGGAGUUAUACCAUCAGAGUUAGUUCAGCACGAGCAUCAACCAAAUUCGACAUUGCCACGCCUUCGAAGAACCACUACGCACCGCUCCAACUCGCUGUCGAAAACGCAAUCACGAAUUCAACCACGACUCCGAACAGUUACAUGUUUACACGGAUAACGCAAUAUGAAGCUGCUGAGAUAAAGCGUCGCAAUUUUGCGGCUACUAUGGUCGGUGGUUUUGGGAUCGUGUGUUUUCUGAUGUAUGCGACCCUCCUCGUCCCGACCUCGAAUGCUGGAAUCGUCAUUCUCUGGCAGAUCCUCUCCGGUCUAUCCCUCACAAGCAUGAGUGUAUUCGCAGCCACCAUCAACAUCCGAUAUACCGCCAUAUCCAUGGUCAUCGUCUUAAUGCUCCUCGCCACCCUCUGCGAAAUCCUCGAUUCGAAACCCGAAAACGUUCCAGCGCUUAUCGUCCUAAUCCUAUCCGCGAUCUUUCCCAGCUCGAGUUACAUAUUCUUCCUGAACCAACUCUGUCGAAACGAAGCCCAAGGUCUCGCAACGAACAUCUCGAAGCCAGCUCCCCAUCAUCCACGUAUAUACGAAGUUACAGUCUCUAUGUUAUGGGGCCUGUUGCUUCUAACAAUUGUGUUCUAUCCCUUGCUUGCUAUCCUUAUUGAGAAGUGCUCUCAUGGUGUUAGCAACAAGGGUAGGAAGUUCACAAACGCCAACGGAACGAGCGAUUCUUCAACAGCCCUCGAAAUUGUCGACCUCACGAAAACAUACAAGCCUUCCCUAUGGAGACGAUGUUGCCGGAGGGCUCGUCCAACGAUAGCUGUCAACUCACUUAGCUUUUCCAUGCCGAGAAAGCAAGUCCUGUGUCUGCUCGGCAUCAAUGGAUCUGGCAAGACAACAACACUAGGUCUAAUCGCUGGUACACAAAAGCUCACAAGCGGCUCGAUAAAUGUCAACGCCCCUCGCUCCAAUCUUGGGAUCUGCCCCCAACGCAACAUCCACUGGCCCGAGCUUUCAGUCCUCGAACACGGUAGACUAUGGGCUAUGAUGAAAGGCGGAGCCACAGAUACCCAAUCCCUAGAUGCCCUCGUCGAAUCCUGUGAUCUUUCCCUAAAGAAGCACAGUCCUGUCGGUACACUGAGUGGAGGUCAGAUGAGAAAGGUCCAAAUGCUGUGUAUGUUAGCAGGCGGUAGUUCAAUCUGCCUCAUGGACGAAGUCACCACUGGGAUGGAUCCUGUCUCUCGAAGAGCAAUGUGGAACAUUAUCCUCGCCGAACGUCAGAAGCGAAGUCUUAUCCUCACGACUCACUUCCUCGACGAAUGCGAAGUUUUAGCCGAUCAAGUCGUCAUUGUGUCGCAUGGCCAUGUCAAGUGUCAGGGUUCAACAGCAGCAUUGAAGAAUCUGCACGGAGGAGGGUAUCGAGUCCAUUUACCGGGCGUCCAGGACCCACCGAGCACACCAUAUGCUACGACUGUACAUCAGGGGCAGACUGUGUUUAACACUCCUGACUCGACAUCUGCUGCAGCGCUUUUGACAUCCUUACAAGGGGCAGGAUACUCUGAUACAUCAUUGAGUGGACCUACUAUGGAAGAUGUCUUCCUCAAAGUCGCUGAUGAAGGUGAUGAUGAUGAUGUUGGAGUUUCUGACCGGAGUCCUUUUCUUGAAGGUAGUGAGACACCGGACAGUCAACUCAGUUCAGGAACACAAGCUUCAUUCCUACAACAACUCUCAGCUCUCCUCCUCAAGCGUUUGUUAGUUCUGAAGAGAGGGUUCUGGUGGUACAUCCUCGCUUUGGCGAUCCCACUAAUCUUCACACCCGUCUUCAGCGCCAUGGCCAACGAUCCAACACCCUUCCAGCCAACACCAUGCGUAUCAACCGACUCAUCCAUCCUCGAAGAACCAUGGCCCAUAGCUCUUCGUCCAAAUGGCUACUACGAUCUCGCAGGUUCUGAUAACAUCUCCAUGCUCGUCGGCUCAAGCUCUCUUAACAAGACUCUCUUUCGCUCAUUGUCAAAGUAUCCUAUCGGAAAGGAGUAUGAUAUGAAGGCUUAUCCAGAUCAAUUCAAGUUUCAAGAUGACUAUGAUGCUUUCUUGAAACAAGUUCGUGAUAAGCCGGGACAACUUGUACCAGGCGCGCUGUACAUGGAUGGGAAGGAUAAAGAUACGCUUACGUAUAACGCUGAGCAUGGGGCUGAUGGAUCGAUGUUGAUGUUGAAUAUGUGGAGUCAGCUCAAGAGCGAAACUCCAAUUUCUUUGUCUUUUGCAUACUUCAGCUCUUCGAUACCGUCUGACACUGGCCCCGGCAUGUUUCUUGCUAUCCUACUCACCGUCUUGCACGUCCUCUACCCAGCAUUCUUCGCUCUAUACCCCGCGUACGAACGACUUCGAAAGAUUCGAACCCUACAAUACUCCAACUCGAUCCAGCCUCUUGCUCUGUGGGCAUCACACAUCAUCAUCGAUAUAGCAUUUGUACUCAUUAUCUCCUGUCUGUCUACCUUGUUUAUUUCUUUGAUCAUUCUAAAGUGGUACGGCGUUUGGCACCUCUUCCCUGUCAUGCUUCUGUACGGCUUUGCAAUGAUGCUUUGGUGCUACAUCAUUUCUCUUUUUGCUCGAUCAGAACUCUCUUCUUUUGGAAUAUCCUUUUGUGUUUCGCUUUUGAUGUUUGGUAUCUCCGUCGCAGGACUCAUGAUUGCCUCUGUCAACCAAAGCCCCGGUAAUAGGUCUUCUUCCAUGGAUACAGCGGUUUUCAUCCUCGGUCUCUGCUUCCCCGUCGCCAACCUCUUCCGCGCUAUGGUCGUCGGCCUCAAUGUCUGGGCCGCAGGAUGUCGUGGCGAUGCAGUGAUAGGCUAUCCCGGCAACAUCCACGCCUACGGCGGCCCGAUUCUUCUCCUCUGUAUCCAAGUCACGUACUUGUUUGCUCUCCUGCUGUUACUUGACGGAAGAACAUGGACGCUUCGAAGUCUGUGGGCAGAGUAUAUCGUUCCAUUAUAUCAGAAGAAGAGAAUGAACGCGAAGGAUGCUCACAUUGAGAUGGCGCCGAUGGUCAAGUCUCGAGGCAUGAGCGGGAACUUGGUCGAUGUUGAUCAGAUAUACAAGUCAUUUGGCGGUAAUGUUGCUGUUGAUGGUGUUUCUCUCACGAUGGCAAAAGGAGAGCUACUUGGUAAAUACCCUUCUCAGCCUUUUUGUCGUCCCGUGACUAACGCUCGACUAGCACUUCUGGGACCCAACGGCGCUGGUAAGACGACUACCAUCAACAUGAUGCGAGGUGAAGUCCGCCCAGAUUACGGCAACAUCUACAUCAAGGGUGUGGACAUGCAGAAGGAUACCCGAGCUGGGCGACAGAGCAUAGGCUAUUGCCCACAAUUCGACGCUUUGGACCAGAUAACCGUGCGCCAACAGCUAGCUUUCUACGCUCGCGUGAAGGGGAUCGCAGAUAUACAGCGGAACGUCAACUUGGUUAUGUCCAAGGUUGGACUGAGGCCUCACGCUGAUAAGCUGACAUCUCGGUUAUCUGGCGGAAACAAGCGAAAGUUGAGUUUGGCUAUCGCGCUACUAGGCAACCCACCGAUUCUCAUCCUUGAUGAACCGAGCUCAGCGAUGGAUCCCAUAGCCAAACGUGACAUGUGGGCUAUGCUAUCAGGCAUUUCAUCAAGUCGCUCAGUGCUGUUGACGACGCACUCGAUGGAAGAAGCAGACAUGCUAGCAACCCGCGUCGCCAUUCUCUCCAAACGCAUCCUCGCCGCCGGCACAAUCCAAGAACUCCGCAACAGACACAGCAACUCCUACGAAGUAGACUUAGUCUUAGAGUCAGCACCAACAUCAGACCAAGUCGAGAUGCAAAAGGUGGAAGCAUGGAUUCGCCAGACAUUCCCAGGCGCCAACUUUAGAGGGUUGAGUCUGGGCGGACAGCUUCGCUUCAGUAUUCCGGCGAAUAGCACUGCUGAUGAGGCUUUUGCUAUGUCUCAGAAUAGAAAGGGCCAGGUUGUUGAGGUGAUUGAGACUUUGGAGCGGAACAAGAGGGGUAUGGGGGUUGCGCACUAUACUGUUAGUAUGGGGACUUUGGAGAUGAUCUUCUUGAAGAUUAUUGAGGAGUAUAUUUUGUAUUAG